UGAGGAUUCCUUCACUGUGGAAGAUCCAGAGAGCAGCAGUCAGAAGACCCAUGCAGGAAUGGUCGUUUUUCUCCAGCGCUCUUUUGUGUCGAAUUUGGAGCUCUCUAUUUACAAUUGGGUACACAUAAAAGGUGGUUUUCAUUUCCUCCCUGCAUUGUCUUGAAGAUACAGCGAUGCCAAAGAAAGCAAGGCCUGCAGGAAAUGGGAAGGAAGAGGGGCCCAUUCCCACUAAGCAGGUGAAGGUGGAGGCAGCUGAUGGCCCUUCUGCUUUAAACUUUGACAGCCCCCAAAGUCUCUUUGAAAGUCUAAUCUCACCUGUCAAGACAGACACUUUUUUCAAGGAAUUCUGGGAGCAGAAGCCCCUUCUCAUCCAGAGAGAUGACCCUGUAGCAACUGCAUAUUACCAAUCCCUGUUCAGGCUAACAGAUCUGAAAAAUCUGUGCAGCCAGGGUAUGUACUAUGGAAGAGACGUGAAUGUUUGCCGGUGUGUCAAUGGGAAGAAGAAAGUCUUAAAUAAAGAAGGCAAAGCUCACUUUCUUCAGCUGAGGAAAGAUUUUGACCAGAAAAGGGCAACAAUUCAGUUUCAUCAACCUCAGAGAUUUAAGGAUGAGCUGUGGAGGAUCCAGGAGAAGUUGGAAUGUUACUUUGGCUCCUUGGUUGGCUCAAAUGUGUACAUAACCCCUGCCGGAUCUCAGGGCCUCCCACCGCACUAUGAUGAUGUUGAGGUUUUUAUCCUGCAACUAGAAGGAGAGAAACAUUGGCGCCUCUACCACCCAACAGUGCCCCUGGCGCGGGAGUACAGCGUGGAAGCCGAGGAUAGGAUCGGCAGGCCGACACAUGAGUUCACAUUGAAGCCAGGUGAUUUGUUGUACUUUCCCAGAGGGACCAUUCACCAAGCAGACACUCCUCUGGGGCUGGCCCACUCUACUCAUGUGACUAUCAGCACCUACCAAAACAGUUCAUGGGGAGAUUUCCUUUUGGACACCAUUUCGGGGCUUGUGUUUGAUGCUACAAAGGAAGAUGUGACAUUGCGGGCUGGCAUACCCCGGCAGCUGCUUCUGCAGGCAGAAACCACAACUGUUGCAGCAAGGAGACUAAGUGGUUUUCUGAGGAGGCUUGCAGAGAGGCUGGAAGGCACCAAAGAACUCCUUUCAUCAGACAUGAAGAAGGAUUUUAUUAUGCAUAGGUUGCCCCCAUACCAUGUGGGAGAUGGAACAGAACUGACAACACCAGGUUUUCUAGGUGGAGAGUUACCGAGGUUGAACAGCACAGUGACGCUGCAGUUUAAAGACCACAUCAUCCUCACAGUAGGGCCAGAUCAGGACCGAUCUGAUGAAGCUCAAGAAAAGAUGAUUUACAUCUAUCAUUCCUUAAAGAAUAAGAGGGAGACACACAUGAUGGGAAGUGAGGAGGAAACAGAGGCUCAUGGACUUCGCUUUCCUUUGUCGCAUAUGGAGGCACUAAAGCAGAUCUGGAACAGUACGACUGUUUCUGUCAAGAGCCUGAAACUUGCAACAGAUGAAGAAAAGGAAAGCCUGGUCUUAUCCCUCUGGACAGAAUGUUUAAUCCAAGUAGCCUAGCACCUUCAUAGAAUCAAAUUCUGUUUAAAUGCACAU